ACAUUUCGUGGCCACCUCGGAAGGUCCUGAUUCACGUGCGUCAGAUGCAACGCGUUUGAAGCGUAUACAGCGCAGCAUAGCAGUCCACUCUCAAACUCUCGAUUGAUUUACAUUUUAUCCCGGUUGCAUGUCACUUUUCCCUGUAUCAACACACGACGUCGUUCCGCAGAUCUUUCUCCAGACUCAUCUGUUAUUCCAACAUGGGAAAAAGAAGCAGGCAGCGACAGAAAAACCCGACUGCUGGCAGAGACAACAGGGACAACGCUGGCUGGGGAGCUGGCUAUGCUGACAUUGUCAAGGAGAAUAAGCUAUUUGAGCACUACUAUAAGGAGCAAGGGCUGGUGCCUGAUGGAGAGUUUGAACAGUUUAUGGAUGCGAUGAGGGAACCACUACCAGCCACCAUCCGCAUCACUGGAUACAAGAGUCAUGCCAAGGAAAUCCUCCACUGUCUGAAGGAAAAAUAUUUUAAGGACAUUCAGGAGCUGGAGAUUGAUGGCCAGAAGAUUGAGGCUCCACAGCCUCUGAGCUGGUAUCCUGAUGAGCAGGCCUGGCACACCAACAUGAGCAGGAAGAUCAUUAGGAAGUCUCCAUUGCUGGAGAAGUUCCACCAGUUUCUGGUCAGCGAGACUGAGUCGGGUAACAUCAGCCGUCAGGAAGCUGUCAGUAUGAUCCCUCCUCUCCUCCUGAAGAUUGAAUCCCACCACAAGAUCCUGGACAUGUGCGCAGCUCCGGGGUCCAAGACAGCCCAGCUCAUUGAGAUGCUCCAUGCUGACAUGGAUGUGCCAUUUCCAGAGGGCUUUGUCAUUGCCAACGAUGUGGACAAUAAGCGCUGCUACCUGCUUGUGCACCAAGCCAAACGUCUCAACAGCCCCUGCAUUAUGGUGGUCAACCACGACGCCUCCUGCAUCCCCACGCUCAUGAUUAACUCCAACAGCAAGAAGGACAUCCUCUUCUACGACCGCAUCUUGUGUGACGUGCCCUGCAGUGGUGACGGCACCAUGAGGAAGAACAUAGACGUGUGGAAGAAGUGGACGACGAGCAACAGCCUGCACCUUCAUGGGCUCCAGCUGCGCAUUGCCGUGCGUGGCGUUGAACAGCUGGCUGUGGGAGGGAGGAUGGUCUACUCCACCUGCUCGCUCAAUCCUAUAGAGGACGAAGCGGUUAUCGCUGCGCUGCUGGAGAAGAGCGAAGGAGCGCUGGAGCUGGCCGACAGCUCAGCUGAUCUGCCAGGGCUGAAGUGGAUGCCUGGGGUUACUUCCUGGAAGCUGAUGACCAAGGAGGGCCAGUGGUACUCGGAUUGGUCCGAGGUUCCAAGCAGCCGUCACACGCAGAUCCGCCCCACCAUGUUCCCUCCAAAAGACCCAGAGAAACUUGCUAGCAUGCAUCUGGAGAGAUGUAUGAGGAUUCUGCCACAUCACCAGAACACUGGAGGUUUCUUUGUGGCCGUGCUGGUGAAGAAAGCCCCAAUGCCUUGGAACAAAAGAUAUCCCAAGCUUAGGAAGGACGUCUCGUCCCUCUCAGCAGCCCAGACUGUGGGCUCUUCGGAAGCCUCAACCCCCGCAGACACUCCCCACCUUCCCGAGAAUGCUUUGGGUGAGGGGGAGGGGGCAGGCGCAGAAGGAAAAGUAUAUGAGGAGGCACCCAAAGGAGCGUCCUUGGCCCAGGAGGCCACUGCUAUACGAGAUGGAGUGUGUGGGCCUCCAGCUUCUAAGAAGAUGAAGCUGUUUGGUUAUAAAGAAGACCCCUUUGUGUUCCUUACUGAAGAUGACCCUGUCUUCACCACCAUUCAAUCUUUCUAUGAUCUGUCACCCAACUUCCCCAGGCUGAAUGUCCUGACCAGGACCCACGAGGGCAAGAAGAGACACUUGUACAUGGUGUCCAAAGAGCUCCGCAACGUGCUCCUCAAUAACAGUGAGCGCAUGAAGGUCAUUAACACAGGCGUGAAGGUGUGGUCUCGCAACAGUGAUGGAGAGGAGUUUGGCUGUGCCUUCAGACUGGCUCAGGAGGGUAUCUACACUCUUCAGCCUUACAUUCGCUCCAGGAUAAUCACAGUGAGUGUGGAGGAUAUCAAAGUGCUGCUGACCCAGGAGAACCCCUUCCUCAGCAAACUGCAGGACGACGCUCACGCUCAAGCCAAGAAAAUGGUUAUGGGUAGCAUCGUGUUGAAGUACAUUCCCAACCCAAAUAACACAGCGGAACCUCAAUGUCCCAUCCAGCUGUGUGGCUGGAGGGGAAAGACAUCCAUCCGAGCCUUCGUCCCUCGCAACGAGAGGUUUCAUUACCUCCGAAUGUUAGGCGUGGAGGUCUUCAGAGACAAACAGGGCCUCGGGCAGAAACAGAAGGAUGACAGUAAAGAAGAGGUGGAAAAGGACGCAGAGGAGGAAGGAGUGGCGGAAAAUGAGGCCGAGCUGGACUUUGAGAAUGGUGAUGAAAACGGAUCGUCAGAGCCAAAGGCCGACAGCAGCAACCAGGGGACUAGCAGCUGAGGAUGGAGAGGAGAUAGCAGAGAGAAAUACAGAAUGAAGACGUAUUAGAGCUCUAAGAGCUGUUGACCACGUCCAGCUAAGACCACAUUAUGCAGAAUAAAAGGAUGAUAUGCCUCCAUGAGUCUCUCUGUUUAGCAAGAUGCUGCUGCAGAAGGAUUCCCUCCCUGAGAUGGACUCCCUUGGGAUUUUUAGUUGUUGGAGCCCCUCUGGGAGUCAGCUUUUUAGUUAAAUGGCUUGUCUUAUUUUAUAUAGCUGUUUUUUUAUGGUUUAACAGAUUUAUUCCACUGACCAAGUGGCAUCUCUUUGCUUUCACUUGCCCAUGUUUAGAGAAGGCAUGGAUUAACUUCCACCUCAUUUUCUACACAUGUAAUUAAGCAGAAAUAUGGAGUUGAUUAAACGUGUUCAAGACUAA